UCUUUCUUCCCUUCAUAAAUGCGUCACCACCAAUUCAUAUCUACCUUCUUUUGCUCCUUAAAUUGGGGUUGGAGGAUGAUGGGCCGGUGGCUGGUUUAGAGCCGCCUCCUUGUCCAUCUGUUCCUUUUCUCGCUCACAAAGGACAGAUAGUAGCAGCUCGUUUCGGUGCACUGCUACUACCUAGACCUUCUAUGCAUGACCCCACAGGAUCAGGGGUCGCUCAGUCUCUCUCCAUCAUAUACCCACCCUCACCACAAGAUUUCCUUUCUGGUUUUCUCUUUUCCUUUGAUUACCUCGACCACAAAGUUUUAGAAGACAGAACUCGGGCAUCAGAAUCGCGGGUUGAGGACAUCAGAGUUCUUUGUUGUAAUUUUCUGCACAAGGUUGGUUGGAGCGGACUGGUUCGUGAAGCUCUUGAAUUGCAAGUUUGCUUUGCUGCUUUUCUAGUCAAGCUUGAGGUAUGUUUCUGUCGACAUCUCGUGCUGGUUCAGAAAGUGAAGGCGAGGCGGGGGUUCUUGGCAGGACAGAUGCUUCUGUCUAUUUUCUCCUCUUGCUCUGCUUUCUCUUGGUCUAAUUGGUUUUGUGGGUACUUGUUACUUUUGUGAGAAGGGGUGAAAUUUCUAGUUUUGCGCAUCCCCAACUCCUUUUGGUUGAUAUGAUAUGGAGUUCCCUAGGCGAAGAGGCUGCCCCUCUUCUGUGGAGUUGGGAUUAUAGUGUUUUUUUGUUAGCAGCUACGAGCUUCUGAGUUGAAUUCUUUCUAUUGCGGUAUUGGUGUUGAGGAGGAAAUUGAUUUGUCAUCAUGGGAUGUGUGGAUGGCAGAGGCUUUGUCACGGUGGUGGGGGCUAUUUGGGUGGUGAUGAUUCUCUUGGCUGGGAAUGGUAAUGGCAGCAUAGUCCGCAAUGGCAGUAUUACCCCACCAUUUAGUGGGUCUGAGAUCAAUUGGGUAGAUAACAAUGGAAUGUUUCUUCGUUCCGUGAAUGGGGCUUUCGCUUUCGGAUUCUUUGCGAUAGGGAACGAGACACAGUUUCUUCUUUCGGUUUGGCACAUCUUCAGCCAGCGGGUUGUCUGGAUUGCCAACAGAGACUCGCCGGUUCAACAGAUGGACACAAUCGUCUUCAGUGAAAAUGGGAAUCUUCACCUGGAGCUGGUCGGCAAGUCGAUCUGGUCGACUGAAACCGCCGGAAAAGGAGUUACGGCCAUGAUGUUACAGGACUCAGGAAAUUUAGUCCUGACCAACAACGAGUCUCAGAUCCUGUGGCAGAGUUUUGAGCACCCCGUAGACACCCUUCUGUCGGACCAGCCUUUCAGGGUAGGAAUGGAGUUGGUCAGCAGCGUGGGAACCAAUGAUAUGAUAUCUGUGGCUAACUACUCGACCGGAAUUUACAAUCUAAAAAUUACUUCCGAUGAUAUGAUCCUUUUGGCUAACUAUAGUCCUCCUCAGCAGUAUUGGUCUAUGAGGAAGGAGUCGAGGUUUAUUACCAACAAUGCGGGCAGCAUAUACUCUGCCAAGCUGGUUGGUAACUCGUGGAUUGUAUACGAUCAGAAGGAAAAUCUUCUUCAGCAGUUUGUCUUCUCCCAGGAGUCCGAUCGCAAUAUUACUUGGGCUGCCGUUUUAGGUAACGAUGGAUCAAUUUCCUUCUACAAGCUACCAGCUUCAAGCUCUGAUGCUCCAGUUCAGCAGCAGCAACGGAUACCAGACAAAUAUUGUGACACGCCUCAACCAUGCCAGCCUUAUUACAUAUGUACCUCCGCUAAGACAUGCCAGUGCCCUAACGUUCUAGAUGCUGGAGCUGGCUGUCAGCCUGCAAUCCCUCCUAGCUGCAGUUUGAAAAUUUCGUUCAAGGUUAUUCAGGGGGUUGGAUAUUUUGCAAAUAGCUUUUCUUUGCCGGUUUCUGCUUCUACUCUAGCUGCUUGUCAAGAUUCAUGUCAGAGAAACUGCUCGUGCAUUGCCUUCUUCUUCGAUGACAAAUCUAGCUCAUGCUUCCAAUACAGCCAAUUAGGGAGCCUCAAAGGUGAUGAGUCUUAUUCUGCAUACUUGAAGGUUUCGGCCGAAAAUGGUGGCGGCUCUGGUCCUGGCACUAGGACAGGGAAGAACAAGCGCACCAUUAUCAUUGUCAUUGUGAUUGCAGUUUUUACGCUGUCUGUGAUAGGGGCUUUAGUCUAUGCAGCAUUUAAGUACCACAAGAGAACAACACUACCAGAGCCCGUGAUGGAGAACUCCGAAGAUGAUGAUUUCUUUGAUGGCUUGUCAGGGAUGCCUAUUCGAUACAGUUACAAGGAUCUUCAAACUGCUACCAACAACUUCUCCGUGAAGCUUGGACAAGGAGGGUUUGGAUCAGUCUACCAAGGCAUUCUUCCUGAUGGAAGCAGAAUAGCUGUGAAGAAAUUGGAGGGAAUAGGUCAAGGGAAGAAAGAAUUCAGAGCAGAGGUGAAUAUAAUAGGCAGUAUUCACCAUGUUCAUCUGGUGAGGCUCCGAGGUUUCUGUGCAGAAGGCACGCACCGGUUGCUUGCAUAUGAAUUUAUGGCUAAAGGAUCUCUUGAUAGGUGGAUCUUUCCAAGUGACAAAGAAGGAUUAUCCCUGGACUGGGAAAAACGAUACAACAUAGCCAUUGGAACUGCAAAGGGUUUGGCCUACCUACAUGAGGACUGCAAUGCCAAAAUUGUACACUGUGAUAUAAAGCCUGAGAAUGUCCUUCUUGAUGAUAACUUUGUUGCAAAGGUCUCAGACUUUGGCCUUGCAAAACUGAUGACGAGGGAGCAAAGUCUUGUGUGUACAACUCUGAGGGGCACAAGAGGGUAUCUUGCUCCAGAAUGGAUAACGAACUAUGCCAUAUCUGAGAAGAGUGAUGUGUACAGUUAUGGGAUAGUUUUGCUUGAAAUAAUUGGGGGAAGGAAGAUUUUUGAUCCAGCUGAAGGUACAGAAAAAGCCCAUUUCCCAUCUUAUGCAUUCAAGAAGAUGGAGGAAGGGAAACUGAAGGAUAUUCUUGACACAAGGCUGCAUUAUGAUGACGAAGACGACAGAGUGUUGACUGCAGUCAGAGUUGCACUUUGGUGCAUCCAGGAGGACAUGUCCCUCAGACCUUCAAUGGCAAAAGUCAUUCAAAUGCUUGAAGGUCUAAUUGAAGUACCACAACCUCCAAUUGCCACGGCAUUUGGUUUCCGAUUAUAUUCAAAUUUUCUGAAAGCUACCAGCGGAGAAGCUUCUUCAUCCAAUCCUUCAGACUGUAACAGUGAAGCACUCCUAUCUGCUGUGCGUUUAUCUGGACCAAGGUAAGUUAAAGAAAUGUCCAUUCUCGGCAGCCUCUCAAUAUCAGCUUUCUUCUCAGAGGUCAAGGAUGAGCAACUACAGUGUGUCAUAUUCUUGUGGAGAUGUAAAGUGACAUAAGUGGCUUAUUCUUGGCUCAGUCAUGUAAAAUACAUGUCUUGAUACAUCAAUUUUUCUCAUUUGACUCACACAAACCGAUUUUUGGUUUGGCUUGUACAUUAUACAGGCUUUUUGAUUUUGUAUUUUAGACUAGUGUUGUGAAUCAGGGAGGUGCAGUUUGUAGGAACUGGUAAUUUAUUCUACCAAUUUUAAUCAAAUAUCCUGAUUGUUGCCUGUGUUGUGAGGCUUUUUUA